AUGGCUUUCAAAAUGUCUCAUUUUUUCUUAGUUUCCAUUGCUGUUGUCCUCUUCUUGUUUUUCUUUCUGCAGAAUAGUUUUGCCAUUGAAACAACAUGGGAGGAGAGACACCAUCAUCUUGUUCAAACCAGCUCUCUCUUACCAUCAUCUUCUUGUAGUUCAUCUACCCAAGGUUCCAAAAGAAAAUCAACAUUAGAUGUGGUGCACAAACAUGGCCCAUGUUCCCAACUGAAUAAUAAUGGAAAAGCUAAUUCUGUUGAAACACACAGCGAUAUUCUAAAUAAUGACAAAGAAAGGAUAAAAUAUAUUCAGUCAAAGCUAUUAUCAUCAUCCAAUAAUAACAAUAACAAUAAAAUGAAGGAAAUAGAAUUGGAUUCUUCUUCGGCUAAUUUACCAGCUAAAUCUGCCUUACCUUUUGGAUACGGGAAUUAUUAUGUAGUAGUUGGACUUGGUACUCCAAAAAGAAAUUUGUCACUUGCUUUUGACACUGGUAGUGAUCUCACUUGGACACAAUGUCAACCUUGUGCUGGUUCUUGUUAUAAGCAAAUAGAUGAAAUAUUUGAUCCUUCAAAGUCUACUUCUUAUAACAAUAUCACAUGUACUUCUCCAGAUUGUACUCAGCUCUUGUCAGCUACAGAAAUCAAUCCUGGUUGUUCUAGGUCAACAAAAGCAUGCAUAUAUGGGAUCCGAUAUGGCGACGGAUCUUUCUCGGUCGGAUACUUCAGCAGCGAACAACUCACUGUUACGCCAACGGACACCAUCGAAAACUUCUUAUUCGGCUGUGGUCAAGACAACGAAGGCUUAUUUAUCGGAGUUGCCGGUCUCUUAGGCCUUGGUCGUCACCCAAUCUCUUUUGUCCAACAAACCUCUCAAAAAUACGAUAAAACUUUUUCUUAUUGUCUUCCAUCUACUUCUAGCGGGGUUGGGUACCUCACAUUCGGUAGCACAAAUAAUAAUGAUGUAAGUUACACUUCAUCCCCCACUGCUUCUCAUGGCCAUUCCUUCUACUACAUUGACAUUCUUGGAAUCACCCUCAAUGGAACCCAACUUCCUAUCUCAUCCUCUCUUUUCUCCUCUGCUGGCGCCAUCAUCGACUCUGGCACUGUCAUUACACGCUUGCCACCAACCGUUUAUGCCACCCUCCGUGAUUCCUUCCAGAAAGGCAUGUCCAAAUAUCCUCGUGCGGAGCCUUUUUCACUUUUUGACACAUGCUAUGAUCUUAGUGGGGUCGAGGAUUUGUCCAUUCCACAGAUUAAUUUUGUCUUAGCUGGUGGUGUCACGGUGGAGCUCGUUGUUCCGGGGAUACUUUAUACCAUAAGUUCGAAGCAAGUCUGUUUAGCAUUUGCUGCAAAUCGUGCUGAUACUGAUCUCACUGUGUUUGGGAAUGUGCAACAAAAAACACUAGAGGUUGUUUAUGAUGUUGGUGGUGGUAGGAUUGGGUUUGGUUCAAAUGGUUGCAACUGA